CAGUCUCAGCGUUCCAUCCGUAUCCGGCUCUCAGAGACAGGGACAGUUCCAGCUCCAGCCCAGCCCAGCUCACGGUGCACCUCUGCCGGAGCCUCUGCCACUACCCCCACGUUAAAACACAGACUCCCGGACUUCCUUUAGCCGCAAUGGCCAAUGCUCUCACCGCCGAUAGUAACUAUAAAGCCCUGGUGGACUGGCACCGGCGGAACUGUGCCAGCCUCAAACUGCGGAAGAUGUUUGAGGAGCAGCCCGACCGCUUCAGUCGCUUCAGUUUAACCCUCAAGACUGAUGAUGGCGACAUCUUGCUGGAUUAUUCAAAGAAUCUGAUCACUCAGGAAGUAUUAAAAAUGCUGAUUGACCUGGCAAAAUCCCGAGGUAUUGAGAAUGCAAGGGAGCGCAUGUUCACUGGGGAGAAGAUUAACUUCACAGAGAACCGUGCUGUUCUACACAUUGCGCUGAGGAACCGUUCCAAUAUCCCCAUCCAGGUAGACGGCAAGGAUGUGAUGCCAGAGGUCAAUGCCGUGCUGGAGAAGAUGAAGAAGUUCUGCCAGAGAGUCCGUGGUGGAGAAUGGAAAGGAUACACUGGAAAGACCAUCACUGACGUGGUCAACAUCGGGAUCGGGGGCUCUGACCUGGGUCCACUCAUGGUCACUGAAGCUCUCAAACCCUACUCCAAGGGGGGGCCCAAGGCCUGGUUUGUGUCCAACAUCGAUGGCACCCACAUGGCAAAGACCCUGGCAGAGCUGAACCCUGAGACCACCCUCUUCAUCAUCGCAUCCAAGACCUUCACCACCCAGGAGACUAUCACCAACGCUGAGUCAGCGAAAGAGUGGUUCCUGGCAGCUGCGAGUGAUCCUUCAGCUGUUGCCAAGCAUUUUGUUGCCCUGUCGACGAAUGCGGACAAAGUCAAGGCUUUUGGAAUCGAUCCAGCAAACAUGUUUGAGUUCUGGGAUUGGGUCGGGGGCCGGUACUCUCUCUGGUCAGCCAUUGGCCUCUCCAUUGCGCUCCAUGUGGGAUUUGAGAACUUUGAGCAGUUACUGAAAGGAGCACAUUGGAUGGAUCACCAUUUCCACUGCACUCCGCUGGAACAGAAUGCCCCAGUGCUGCUCGCUCUCCUCGGGGUUUGGUACAUCAACGUCUACAAUGUGGAGACCCACGCACUGCUGCCCUAUGAUCAGUACCUACAUCGCUUCGCAGCAUAUUUCCAACAGGGCGAUAUGGAAUCUAACGGCAAGUACAUCACCAGCAAAGGGACCCGGGUGGACUACAACACUGGGCCCAUAGUGUGGGGUGAGCCAGGCACCAAUGGGCAACAUGCUUUCUACCAACUGAUCCACCAGGGAACCCGGAUGAUUCCUGCUGACUUCCUAAUCCCGGCACAGACCCAGAACCCAAUCCGGAAUGGACUGCAUCACAAGAUUCUCCUGGCAAAUUUCCUGGCUCAGACGGAGGCUUUAAUGAAGGGCAAGUCAGCAGAGGAAGCCCGCAAGGAGCUGGCAGCAGCUGGCCUGAGUGGUGAUGCCCUGGAGAAGCUGGUACCUCACAAGGUCUUUGAGGGCAAUCGGCCAACCAACUCCAUUGUCUUCAAGAAGCUGACUCCUUAUAUCCUGGGAGCUCUGAUUGCGUUGUAUGAACACAAGAUCUUUGUGCAAGGCGUCAUCUGGGACAUCAACAGCUAUGACCAAUGGGGAGUGGAGUUGGGAAAGCAGUUGGCUAAAGCCAUCGAGCCAGAACUGGCCACUCCUGACGAAGUGACCUCUCACGACAGCUCCACCAAUGGACUGAUCAACUUCAUCAAGAAGAACCGAGGCUGAAUCUGAAACAAGAAACAUCCAGAUCCAUUAAAAAACAUGUCCCCAGCCCCUGUAGGAACUCCCAUUGUAACUGUGGCAGGAGCUUUAUAUUCUGUCUGUGCGCUGAGUUUAUUCUUCACCAUGUCCUGCUGAACCCCUAUUUGAUGUUGUAGUUAAUAUCGGUGACUCGUCUGUUUAAUUGCAGACCAGAUCCGUCAUAGUGAAGUUACAGCCAUUGCCUGUCUCUGUGGGUCUCUGUCUGUGUCUGUGUGUGUGUGGGUCUCUGUGGUUGGGAGAGCAUAUGUGUGAGUCUCUAUCUCAAUGUGUGUGUGGGUCUCUGGGUGGGGCAGCAUGGGUGAGAGUUUCUGUCUCUGUGGGUGGGACAGCGUGUGAGUGGGUCUCUGUCUCUGUGGACGGGUGUAGAGUCUGCACACUAAUUGGAAGUCAGUUUAUGGUUUAGUGACUGGUUAACCCAGUGUGCACACUCUGUCUAGAAACUAGAGCAAAUAUAAAGUUUUUCAUCACAAA